AUGCCUUCGCUCCUUGAAUCACUGGGACUGCGCCCGGAUGUGGCCUUGGUCGCCUUUCUGGCCAUUGGCGCAUGUUGGCUGCUCUACUCCUACAAGUUCCAGAGCAAAUCCGUGACUCCUGAGCCUGAUGUCUUCAAAACUCCCACGCCGAAGCCUCUUCCCGACUUUGAUCUGGACAGCACCAAACCCCAACUGUAUCGUCCAUUCCGUCAUGGCAAAAACCACAUCACCAUGGGAAUCAGGAAACUCGACUGGGAUAGCUGGAUCGAGAUGGACUCUAACUUUCUCUGGUUCCACGACACCAAAGUAUCCGAGCUUGAAAAAGACCUCAAAGCCCAUGUUCAAUACGUCGACAACGCCGUGACUCGAGACGCCUGCUUUGAAGUUUUGGAGGAGUUGACCAGUUACUUGACUGCACGUUAUCCAAAGAUCUUUCAGCUCAAAGGGGGUGUCUUGCACAACACUCUAACUGGAGAAAUGUUCAACUAUCCGGCUGCCAACCCAACCGAUGCCAUGACGAUCGCAGCCAAGUUGGUACAAGAUGAUCUCAUCAUUAUGGUCGAGAAUGAUGAUGGUCAAUACCACCUCGACGCCGGAGCUGUUUGUCUACCCGGCUUCUGGCGGCUAAGAGAAAAGUUCAACAUGUCUCUUGAUACCCUUCACAUUGAAGCUGGAGUUCCUCAUUACCAGACAAAGCUCCAAAAGUCGAUGAAUCGGUUCUUCAAGAGCAUGCUCCCAGAGAAGGCAGUGAUCCGGAAUAAUUUCUUUAUUCAACUUGAUGACGGACUUCAUUGGUCUCACAGAAUGGGAAAUCAAGAGGGAAACGAAGUUGCAUCUUGGGCAACGGCAAACGACGUUGGCUUGACCAUCGAAGACCUCUACUUCCGAUCCGAAAGACAGUCUCUUCGACGACUCCCUCGAUCCAAGGCGCUCCUGUUUACGGUCCGAACCUACUUCGAGCCGAUCACUACAAUUGCCAAAGAACCACACGUCCCAGGCAGAUUGGCCGAAGCGAUUGAACAAUGGGAUGAAGAGACAUCAAAGUACAAGGGAAAGCAUCAUUGGGCGGGUAUUCUUCUUCCUUAUUUGCAUGAGCAGGACCAGCUUCAGAAGGAGUCAGGCCUUCUUGAAAAGGUGGCUGAAGCUGCAUACCCUUUCUAG